AUGUCAAGUUCAGUUACAGCUUCUCAAGCAAAAGUGAGUGAAUUGCUAGAAGCAAUUAGACAGGAGUUUAAUAAUGUCUCUCAGGAAGCGACAAGUUUUCGCUUACAAAACCAAAAAGAUUACGAUUAUAAGAUCAACAGACAAUUGGCGGAGAUGCAGCAGAUUCGCAACACGGUCUAUGAGUUGGAAUUGACUCACCGUAAGAUGAAGGAUGCUUAUGAAGAGGAGAUCAGUCGGCUGAAAGUGGAAGUUGAACAACGUGACCGGCAAUUAGCACAGUAUGCACAAGGGUCCAACGUACCAAUUCCACAAGCCACUGGGGCAGCUCCGGGAGUGAGCGUAUCUCCUGCCCCAGCACUAACAGUGAUUGGAGGCGGUGCAGCUGCGACCUCGAGUACUUUGCCAUCUAUUGGUGAGGGCAUCGGAAGGUCGACUGUGCUGCCAAAGGCGACGAACAUUUCUUCUCCACAGAAUCCUCAAGCCGUUCCUGUUCGGAUGCCUCCACAUGCAGGUUCAGGAACCAGUGGCGCACCACUUGGGGCACAACAACACCUUCGCCAACCCUUAGCUACCGUUGUGCCACCAGGAGGGCAGGCUGCGGUUCCUGUCGAUCCUCAGGGACAACCAGAACAGCAGGCGGCUACUGGACUAGUUCAGCGGCAGGAAGUUUCUCCAGAACAUUAUUUGGUGCCAUAUGACCAUAGGUUCAUCCAUGCUAAGCCUAUCCCACCAUUCCUUGUCGACUUGGAUGCGGAUCUAGUUCCUGCGCACUUGAAAAAACAAACACCUGACUACUACGUCUUGUACAAUCCAGCUCUACCUCGCGAUAUGGACGUUGAUCUACACAAUUCUUUGGACCACUCCAGUGUGGUUUGUUGUGUUCGGUUCAGUAACGACGGAGAGUACUUAGCCACAGGGUGUAACAAGACAACUCAAGUUUACAGGGUGUCUACAGGUGAACUAGUUGCCAGGUUGUCCGAUGAUACUGUUAAUUCUGAUAGUACUGAUGCUGCUAGUGGCCCUGCAAGUGGCGAGCCUGCUGAAGCCAACGCGGACAAUUCUGCGAAGAUCCAGACUGGUUCCUCUUCCGAUUUGUAUAUCCGCUCUGUGUGUUUUUCACCCGGUGGUAAGUAUUUGGCCACUGGUGCUGAAGACAAAUUAAUCCGUAUUUGGGACCUUUCUACCAAGAAGAUCUUGAUGACCUUACAAGGUCAUGAACAGGAUAUCUACUCUUUAGAUUAUUUCCCAUCUGGUGAUAAACUUGUCUCGGGUUCUGGCGACAGAACCGUUAGGAUCUGGGACUUAAGGACUGGACAGUGUUCUUUGACUUUAUCUAUAGAAGAUGGUGUUACUACUGUUGCAGUAUCACCUGGCGACGGCAAAUAUAUUGCUGCUGGUUCUUUAGACCGUACUGUGCGUGUGUGGGAUUCGGAGACAGGGUUUUUGGUGGAACGUCUAGAUUCAGAAAAUGAAUUGAGCACAGGACACAAGGACUCCGUGUAUAGCGUGGUAUUUACCAGAGAUGGAAGAGGUGUUGUCAGUGGCUCCUUGGAUAGAUCUGUAAAAUUGUGGGACCUAGGCGGACUCAAUGGCCAAAAAUCUCAUGCAACAUGUGAGGUGACAUAUACUGGUCACAAGGACUUUGUAUUAUCUGUUGCAACCACUCAAAACGAUGAAUACAUACUCUCCGGUUCAAAGGACCGUGGUGUAUUAUUCUGGGAUACUAAUACCGGUAACCCUCUACUGAUGUUACAAGGUCAUCGUAAUUCCGUUAUUUCCGUAGCUGCUGUGAAUAGCUUCCCACUAGGACCAGAUGUUGGUGUAUUUGCCACAGGUAGUGGUGAUUGCAAAGCAAGAAUUUGGAAGUACACCAAGAAAUCCGCAUCAAGCGGCAAAGUUCAAGAGGUAAAGGAAUGA